AUGGAUUCGUAUAAACAAACGAUUUGGAUCUACACAGUGGGAGGACUGGGAAUUCUUCUCAAUCUCUUGCUUCUCUACAUGAUUGCAACCGAUCGAGCGAAAGGUGGUGAUGGACGUUUCACGACUCUUUUUGAUCGUUGGUAUGGUAUUCUCGCAUUGACAAUUGCUCAUUUUGCCGGCGGUAUCCUCUAUGGGCUUUCGUGUGACUUCACAAUGAAACCAACUCCCGAACGUGAAAUGAUCAGCCGAGAUGAGCUUUUGUUUCGAUACAAUGUCUCUAUUGACAAUCUCGGUUAUAUUGGACCCGUUUACAAACUAAUCGAUGAAACAACUGGUGAAAGCAAGUUUUUAAUCACAAACAUGCUUGGCUCGUUUGGCUGUUGCGUGAUGCAGUUGACGAUCUAUUGGACGAUUUGUGCGGCGGGCAUGAAAUUAUAUUUCUUUGUCCAUUCGGCUCUGAUCAGUGACAAAGCAAAAGCGGUCAACUUUCAGCUACUUCGGUUAUUAUUGAUUCAAGCUUUAGCUCCUUUGAUUUUCGAAUACAUCCCAGCGAUGAUGACGAUUUGGGGAGGAUUUCUGGGUCUUCCCUUGGAAAACUGUGCCAUGUACAUUCCUGUCCUAAUCGCUUGUUACUCUCCGACUGAAGCAAUCAUGGUCAUAUUUGGAUUUGCGAAUGAAAGAGUU